UUGCUCAGAUCUCAACCACGAAAGUGCUGCGGCCACGUGGUUUCUCGCAACUGCCAAGCUAACAGCUCAUUGCAACCGUACAAGCAGCGUCUGGUCAGAAUCACUUGGAAUUCUGGUCGAUGCCAUUAUGGACACGGCCGGGUUUGCAAGUGCUUUUUAACUCCGCCCAAGAAACCCAGUCAUCUCAGUCCAUUCAUGCUGCGCCUAGUGACUGCCUGACUGCGCACAUGGCGUAUCACGCAC